AUGGUAUAUUGGUAUUUAAUAGAAUUAAUUUCAUAUUUAGAGGUUCGAUCCACUGCACUCUAAUCUAGUCUAGUGUGCCUAAAACACGCAUAUACAAUUAAAGUAGGUUCUCUAAUGAUUUAUUAUAACUGCAGGCGAAACAACAGUUUUCAAAAUAUGCUUCACACCACAGUCGUUUUUGUGAAAGAAACUGAUCCAUCUAUAAGCUAUAACAUACCACGAAAACUACUAUCAAUUUUGUUAUUUGUAUAAAAAAUAUUAAGCAUUUUCAAUGAAAAUUUUCUAGUAAAUAAAAUUCACGUAAAUUUCAUACUGAUUUAAUAUAAACUCUAGUAUAGCCUAUAGAUAAUAGAUGUACAAGCUAGGUAACACAGCGAAUACACACUACACGUUUGUCAAUCACUGGACAUGCUGGUGUCUCGGCGUCUUAAGCAUAACACGACAUACUACUAACCUACCCCCUUCCUCACAACAUAUUCUAAAACUUUAAAAUCUAUCAAUUAUUAAUAGAAAAUAACAUAUAGUUGCCUAAAUUAAGAUAUACUAUUGUCACAUUCUAGUAGGUAUUCUACAAACCAUAAAAACUGGAAAUGUCAGCUACCUAUACUUAUAGAUAUUUUUUAUAAAAGCAACAAUAAUAGUGACAGGUAACUUUACACUCGGAUUGGUGGACCGCGGACACGCAUUAUAAUAAUAUACGUAGGUAGCAACAUGAAUGUUAAUAUAAGGUAUUUUAACUAUUUAUUCAUACCUAUAACGUAGAUAGGUAUAUAGAAACUUGAACCUGAUUUGUGUUAUUAGGAUUUUUGUUGACGCUUAAAUAAAUCCACCUAAAUAUUUUAUUAGAAUGUGACUUCAAAAUAUAUACUUAUAUAACACAUCGUUUGACAGUCAGAAUUAUAAUAAUAUCUAUUAUAAAUAAUAAACUACCCCAAUAGUUGAAUUCUGUCUGCAACCCUCUAUUAUUAUCUAAAUACCUUAAAUAAUAAUAGACGUUUGAAAAAACAGUUCUUUAAAAUAAUUCAUUAUUCUCUGAAUGUUCUUAUCAAGCAGUUGUAAAAACAAAUAAAAUGACAUUAUUAAUUGAAAAAAAAAAUUACCAACGAAAAUUUUAUCAAAUACUUAUGACCGUGGCAUUUUUCUUGGACACUAAUAAAUAUCGUUAUAUUUCAAGCUUUAUAAUGCAAUUUUAUAUAUUUGAUUGGAUGGUUUUAGUAUUUUUGGCUUCAGCGUACAAUAUUUGGGACGAAAAGUCUGAAAUGCUUAUGGUUAUGGAGUUAAUUCAAUACAUGAUAGUUGGAGUAUAUUUCAGUUUAAUUUUUGUGGUAUUUAUAACAAAAAAAAAAGACAUUGUGUCCAAUUACGAUUGUAUACAAACCGAUUUUAUCCAAUGGUCCAACAAAAGAGCAUUGAAUCCAAAUGUGGCUUAUAAAAAAAAUAUAAAAACAAUUAAACGUUUAGUAAUACCUUUAGCAACAUUAUCAUUAUCUAUUGCAUUUGGGCCUUUAGUAUCAGCUAUAAACGAUAUUGGCAAACUGCCAUUGGAUAACCGAGCACAUUUCGUCUUGUUUUGGCCUAAGAUUGUUGAUACUAAUAAAGUCAGUAUGUAUGGAAUCAUUUAUUCACUGCAAGUCAUAUUUACUGUUAUUUUAUACAUUUCGGUUUUAUCGUUCAAUUUGGGUUUUAUGGUAUUUUUGAAUGAAUUAACUAACCAGUUUGAAAUGUUAUUAGAUGGAAUUAACGAUGCGUUUAAAUAUAAAAUGGAUAAACAGUUCCAAACUCUUUUUAUUGAUUGUAUACGUCACCAUCAAAUAAUUAUUAAGUUUUUAGAUGAUUUAAAGUCAUAUUUCAAGUGGAUGAUCCUAAUUGAAAUGAUCGUAGUGCAAGUAGUACUGGCCAUACUUAUUUACAAUCUAACAAAAGUACAUGCUUCCCUCGGUUAUAAGGUGAAAAUUGCUGGUUCGUUAUUAUUUAAUUUACUCCCAAUUUGUUUUCAUUGUCACAUCGGAGAAGUCGUCCUAGGCCUGCACAAACGUUUGUCGAAUCACAUUUAUAACAUGACGUGGUAUGACAUGCCCAACAAAAACAAACAACUCAUCGUGAUUAUGUUUCAACGCACUCAACGAGAUCUGACAUUAAGUUCAGCUCUGUUUUCAAGCGAAAGAGCAUCUAGAUCUUUGAUUUCUAAAGUUAUUAAACAAGUGUACACAAUUCUAAAUGUAUUGUUGAAAACAUAAAUGGUCAAUAAGUUGACUAUUUUUUAUAGAUAACUAAGUGACUUUGUGACAACGGAGUAGUUGGAUAAUAUAUAUAUCAAUGUAUCAUCCCUAUAUGGUCGUGUGCACUGUAUAAAAAUUGUAUAAAUGCGUUUAACAUACGUCACUUAUUAGUUAUUAGUUAUUUUAGUAUUAAGAAAAUGGCAGCACACUUUAAUAAGUUGUUAUAAUUUAGAUGAAAAAAAUGAAUACACAAAUAAAUUAUAACAGCAUUCCAAGGAAUGACUUAAUCAGUCAGUGUCAUAUAUUUUUGAUUAUGAGCGGAGCGUGAUAAAUGUAUUGAUUUUACAACGGUGUGUUUUUUCUUUGUGUGUGUUUAUUCGAUAAGAAGUCGAAAUAAUGCUUCGAUGUUAAACUUCAUUAUUUUUUCUGGUUAGUAAGUGAAUCUAGUUGGUGUAUUCG